GCGAAGGAAAGGCUCGCUAGGAGCGGGCGGCCAUUUUGUGAGCGUCCGUCUCCGCUGCUGUUUUCCGUUAGAGCCGCCGGCGCCUCCUCCUCCUCCUCCUCCGAGGCUCCGCCGCUUCUUUGCCUCCCUCCCUCCCUUUCAUUCUUCGGCUGACUGAGGAACCUGAGAGAGCCCCGGGCGAAGCAGCCGCGGCCUUUUCCCCCCGAGCAGCGCCCAGCCACAGAAUCGCAUGUCCACUAUCCAGAACCUCCAAUCCUUCGACCCCUUUGCUGAUGCAACUAAGGGUGACGACUUACUCCCGGCAGGGACUGAGGACUACAUCCAUAUAAGGAUCCAGCAACGAAACGGCAGAAAGACACUAACUACUGUUCAGGGGAUUGCAGAUGACUAUGACAAAAAGAAACUUGUGAAAGCCUUCAAAAAGAAGUUUGCCUGUAAUGGUACUGUGAUCGAGCAUCCAGAAUACGGGGAAGUGAUCCAGUUGCAAGGUGACCAGAGGAAGAACAUUUGCCAGUUCCUCCUGGAGGUUGGCAUUGUUAAGGAGGAGCAGCUGAAAGUUCAUGGCUUCUAAAAUGCCAGUGCUUAUAUGAAGAACUCUGCAGGCUUUGUUCUUACCCAAGUUGGAUAUUCUGUGAAAUAUGAUUCUUUGCAGUAAAUGGACUUCCCAUCCAAAAUCUGAUUUGCUUUUGCAUGACUACAGAAAACAUAUGGCAUGUAGGCUAGAAACACAUAAGAAAACUGCAGUAAGAUGGUAACCCAAGAUCCUUGAGAAUUUUAACACAUUUCCAAUGGAAAUGUUCUCCAGCUGAUAGUUCAGUGUAUUACUUUUCACCUGAUUUAAAUGUUGUAUUAAAACCAUGUGUGUUGCAGCGUAAAUAAAAUGUCUCUUAUCUUAACCUCUUGAGUGUUCAGGAUCCAUUAACCAAAGGCCUUCAAGAAAAUGUAAUCACAUUAGUAGUUUUUUGGCUAUUGGCAAACUAGAUAAAACCUCAGAAGAAAAUACUCAACAUAAGAUAAGCACAACUAUAUCGAUUAGAAGUUAUCACAGGACUGCAGUCUGGUUGAAUGUAAUAAAAACUGACAAUUCCUUGCUUAUGAUCAGGACUAUAUAAAAAACUUGGGCAUAAUGAAGUGAAGUGUAACAUGUCUAGGAAAUGACUUCUGUUGCUGAGUUUUGAUCUGAUGUGCUUUCUCAUGCCAAUUUUAAAAUACACUGUAAUAUUAGAAGCUUCUCUAGGACUUAUGUUACUAAUGAUAUAAGCAUAUUCAUAUCAAUUUUAGUCUUUGAUAAGCAGAAAUAUGAUUGAGUUGACUAGUUGGGGCAGCAGUUGCUGCUUAAUGAAGGCAUUUCUUUGUGACUUCAUGAAGGGCAAAGCUUGUCAGUGAAGAAGUGCCUGAUGUUUUAAUAUAGGCUGUUGAGAGUUAACAAGGAGCAUUGGAAGGCUUAAAAUGCACAGCUGAAAGUUGAAUUCCACAUUCCUGUUCAAUAAACUGCUGUGGAAUUGA